AGCCCAAGAUGCCAGUGCUUGCAGGGUUUUAUGCCCAAGUCACAAGAAGAGUGGGACAUGAUCAAUAUGACAGGCGGGUGCAUAAGGAAAGUUCCAUUGAAUUGUACUCGUGGUGAGGGUUUUACAAAACUUUCGCAAGUGAAAUUACCUGACUUGGUAGAUUUCCAGCUAUUCAAGAAUAUGAGCCUUGAGGAGUGCAAGGUUGAGUGUCUAAAGAAUUGUUCUUGCAUGGCUUAUGCUAAUUCGGAUAUUAGAGGAGCAGGCUGCUUAAUGUGGUUUGGCGAUCUCAUUGAUAUCAGGGAAUUUGACAUUGUUGGUUAUGACCAAUAUCUCUUCCUGCGGCUACCUGCUUCUGAAUUAGAUUCAUUCCGCAGCCUAUCCAAGAAACUGGUGACUAUCACCGUGGCUUCAGCCAUUUCGGGAUUACUUAUUGUGGGCACAGCAUUGAGCAUAAUCUGGAAAAGAAGAAUGAAAAGCCAAGGCUUGCCAAGUGGGAUGGAUGACAUCGACUUGCCAUUGUAUGAUAUUGCUACCGUUGCCGUUGCUACCAACCAUUUCUCUCAAACAAACAAGCUAGGAGCAGGCGGCUUUGGUUCGGUCUACAAGGGAACUCUUUCCACGGGACAAGAAGUAGCGGUAAAAAGGCUGUCAAAAUAUUCGGGACAAGGUCUUGAUGAGUUUAUGAAUGAAGUACUUCUAAUUGCCAGGCUUCAGCACCGGAAUCUUGUUGGACUUGUUGGCUGCUGCGUUGAGGGAGAAGAGAGAAUGUUGAUUUAUGAGUAUAUGCCAAACAAAAGCUUGGAUUAUUUCAUCUUUGAUCAUGACAGAAGCUCCUCUUUGGCAUGGAAAAGGCGAUUUGAUAUUGUUUUAGGAAUCGCUCGAGGACUUCUCUACCUCCACCAGGAUUCAAAACUACAAGUGAUCCACAGAGACCUGAAAACAAGUAACAUCUUGUUAGAUGCUGACAUGAAUCCAAAGAUUUCAGAUUUCGGCCUGGCAAGGGUCUUUCGAGGAGAUGGCACAGAGGCAGAGACAAGAAGAAUAGUUGGUACAUAUGGUUACAUGUCCCCAGAGUAUGCUUUCGAUGGAAAAUUCUCUGUGAAGUCAGACGUUUUUAGCUUCGGCGUGCUUUUGUUAGAGAUAGUAAGUAGCAAAAGGAAUAGAGGAUUCCAGCAUCCUAAGCAUCAUCACACCCUUCUUGGGCACGCGUGGAUGCUGUGGAGUGAAGGGAGGGCCACGGAACUCAUUGAUGAAUCUGUACGCGCCUCUUUCGUGGAGUCUCAAGCAGAGAGAUGUAUUCAGGUGGGCUUGCUGUGCGCCCAAAAGUUUCCUAAAGAUAGACCGAUGAUGUCUAGCGUUGUCUUCAUGUUGGCGAAUGAAGGAGCAUCCUUGCCACCACCGAAAGAGCCAGGUUUCUUCGUCGAGAGAAGUUCGGGUAGCUCAGAUGCAUAUUUAGUUAAGGAAGAAUCGAACACAAAGAAUGUUGUUACAAUCACAUUGCCUGAAGGUCGAUAGAAAUGCUACCGAGGAUGUGUCGGCAGAAUGUGUACUGACUUUCUCGAGUACAACAAAGGACAGAAGAAGCAUACGAUGUUGUAGGGUUGAAUGACAAAUUCUAGC